CUUGUUUUCUGUGUAACUCAUGAACUAAGAUGCUUUAUUAACCUUCUCUCACACACAUUCAUUCACCUACAAAUUGAAACAAACGACUCUAGAUGUGAAGGUAAGAAAAAGCGGUGCCUUGAUCACCUGCAACAAGCAGAAAAUUAUUUUUCACUUUCCCAGUUACAACAAGGCAUUUGGGUUUUCAAGAAGACUGAGAAGCAAUCAGCCUGUGAAGAACCUAAAUUCCCUAAUCUAUAUGUAAAGAAUCUGGAAAAUGGGUUGACUGAUGAUAGCCUUUGGGAAAAGUUCUCUGUAUUUGGGAAGAUAAUCAGUGCUAUUGUAAUGAAGGAUGAUUAUGGCAAAUCUCGGGGCUUUGGGUUUGUUAGCUUCGAGUUGUCAAAAGAUGCUAAGAAGGCUAUGUGGGCCAUGAAUGGUGCACAACUAGGAUCAAAGAAUCUCCAUGCAGGAAGGGCUCAAAAGAAGGCUGAACGAGAGCAGAUGCUAAGUUGCCUGUUCAAGGGUUUGAACGUGUACGUGAAAAAACCUUGUUGACUCUGUUGAUGACAAUGAAUUAUGUUAACUUUUCGGUACUUCCGGCAAAAUAAGUUCAGCAAAAGUGAUGCUCAAUGGUGAAGGAUUUGAGUAGGGGAUU